GACAGUUGUCUCACAGGGGUAGAGUUAACACAGUCAAUCGAGUAAAGAGUAGGUUUCACACGCAUGGUGUUGGUACAGUUAUUGUUAACUUUUUAUAUGACUUUACUUUGUAAUGAGAGAAAUGAGAAACACACGGUUCGAACAUUCAGUAAAAUGUUUGGGCUAGGAUUUAUUCUGCUUUUUCUUAGCCUUAACGCUGAUGUUGAGUGUCUAUUCCAAUGGACAGGCAGUGACUUUCAUACUUCAUGUAGUAAAGGUUUGAUAACAGGUCUAGACUUUGCCAUAAUAAAAGCACAGGUGAUUGGUUCAUCGUUGCCUCAAAGCAGCAAAACCUUCAGGAUUGAAACCACUACAGACGGUGGAACUAAUUUCACACAUUUGUGCCUUGUAGAUCUCAACAAACAAUGUAUAGGUCAAGUAAAAGGAUUUUUUUGCUACUGUAACUACACGGAUAACAACAUGAUUUCUCACAUUGUCAUUAACAUACCAGUAUCUAGCCGCUACAGUGAAUCUUCGAUGCGUGGCUGCCUUAGUAUUGACAAAAAAAAAUUACACUGUAAGGAUCAACGACUCCCAACAAUGUCUAAUUUAACAUAUUCCUUCAACAAUAAAAGUCUUCCUAUGAUAUCCGAUUCAUACAAAGAAACUGUGAACGGUGACACAGUCAAGAUUUGUUGUCCUGAUUCACCGUCCCCGUGUGCUGUGUCCAUACCUCAAGAAAAUAAGAACACAACAGCAGAACGUUGUAUUAAUCACGUCAUCAAACCUAACAGCAAUAAGGAAGUUAUAAACUUAACCAUAACCUUUGUUAUAUGUGAUGAAAGAAAAAGCAUUAAUGUAAGCUUUGAAGUUAACUUAGAGGAUACAGGAGGCAAUUACUGGAUAUUUGUUAUCAUAAGUGCUGUCAUCUUUUGCAUUAUGAUUAUUGCAGUGAUCGUCGCAAUAGCCCAGAGAAAGCAUUUGAAUAAACCCGAAAAACGCCAACGAGAUUUCAAAUGCUAUUUCAGUGAUUAUAUUACUCCGGCUUACGAUUUGGAAUCAUGUUAAAGCUAAUUGGAUGGAAAUAAAAAGAGAGCC